GUGACCUUGUUAUUAUUUGCGCGACACAUUCCAUAACGAACGAUCGAAUCUCCGCGCAGUGUCGUGUAAUCGUCGUUAUACGAUAAAAUACGCGUCGGAUAUCCUGUGCAAAGUAUCGUCGUGGUAAAAUAUGCGGCGAAAAUGCCGUGCUAAGUGCUAUCGCGCAUUCGUAAUUAACCCUAUAUUCGCAAAUAAGUGUUGUGUCACGAAGGAACAACCUGAGAGAAUCACUGAGAGGAGGAGGAGGCCCGGAGGAUGUCGGCGGAGCAACUAUAAGAUCAACGUAAACUCCAACUCCGCUGUUGCGCAUCGAGUACCGACGGAAAUUUAUGCACGAGCGCAUUGGGAUCCUUGUCUUACGAACGAAAUCGUUGACAGACAUCGAGAGACGCAGGGAGUCAAAGGUCCACCGGGUCGAACAGAGUCGGCCGAUAAUUACCGGAGAGUGCGAAGGCAUAAAUGGACGACCGAUCAUAACACACGCAAUGCCAUCCGGUCGGCGGGAAAUGUCAGUUCGUGGCGCGCCCGCUCGCCACCCUGCGCGAUCGACCGACCCCGCUGCUGCACGCUGCUUAGCUACAGCCCGAUCAUUAGAUCCUCGCUGGCACGGAAAAUGGUUGCUGACCCAACGACAUCGAAGGAGCCAACGUAACUCCAGAUAAUCCCGCAAGAGAACUGUGACUCAACCUAUAAGCGGAUUAUACAUCUUCGUGAGAUUGUCACGACGGUUUAGCACAGCACCUCGUUACCGCCGAGAAUGUGAAGCUGAGAAACUGCAGAAGAUGACAGAAAAUGACUUCGCGUAUUACCGCAAAAUCGGUCUUUAGAACUCUCGCAUCGUCGGGGGAUAAAUUAUCCAGACGAACGCACGCGUUACGUCCGCAAAUGCGGAGACAGACGAACGAACAGAGGGCGGAUUCAUUUUACGCGAAUCGCCCUUCCGAGGACAAGCAAUACGUCGCGGUCCUCCGUCGGAAGAUUAAAAGUUCCGAAAGGCGGUGUCACGCGCUAUGAUCAACCCCGGAAUUUCCGGUACGUUGCGCCUGGCCGUUCCAAUUACUUUCGUUUCUCCUCCUCUCGCGCGCGCGCUCUCUCUCUCUCUCUCUCUUUCUCUCUCCUCGCGGCGACUGUCGCUUUUUCGCCACGACUCACCUAGCCGCCUUUACCAGGUUCGUAGCGAGCAACCCGACCGAAGAAUCCCUGACGUCUUCCUCCGCGGGGUGUAAUAAAAAGAAACCACCCACUGCGCUCUCGGCGACGAGAUACACACCGAUGCGAUGCACGCGCGCGUGAGUGAAAUAUAUCGGUGUGUAUGUACGUACGGGAGUAUCGCGAAGAUUGCUGCCGAGGCCGGGAACCACCCUCCGGACAAGUAACGAAAUUAAAUUCAAAUAUAAUCAAAUAAAAUUUAAAAUUUAAAUCCUCCACGCUCGCGCGCGACUGCUGCACGCGCUGGAUACAUAUAUCUCUCUCUCUGCUCCACGCGGAAAUUUAGUGGCUGCCACACCGCGUCCGUAUUCCUCCUUUUCUCUUUCUCGCUGGUAUAAGCACGGUCUCCUCCCCUACGGGAACCACCCCCUGAAUUCGAACCGAGAUUUAGCGGGUCAAACCGGGGGGCGAUUCGCGAGAGUCGAGAAAACGGCGCUGCGCGAGGAAGGGUGGCUGAUUGAGAACAGUGUUUUGUUUGUUCGGCCGACGCCGACGUUCGCGAAUCAAAAGGGGGACGAAAAAGAUCGGUGUGUAUUAGUCGCACGCAGUGCGACGGAUCGUCACUCUUUACGAGGCAUACUGAGACCUUGCUGGCGCUUAAUCGGUAACCGCUCUAAUUACGUCGCCGUUGCAAGGUUUUACGACGCACAUUACGAUUUCUUGUAAUCCGAUUAAAUAUCCAGAGCUUAUUUAUGAAGUAGCCAUUUAAUGCGUAUUAUUUUCUUUCUCCCCGAGAGUAUAUAAUGCCAGAAAAAAAUGUGUAAAAACCGAUAGACAUAAUUAUUACUCUUUAAAUAAAAAAAAAGAGACGUAUGAGUAAUCAAAGUUGAUAGUUUUUUACACUUUUUACGUAUUCAAUAAAUAUCCUUAAAUUUAUAUCGUUAAAGAACCAGAUAAUCUUCAAAUUUUUUUUUACCGUUUGUCGAAAAUGUUUUUACGCUCGACUAUGUCGCUUUCGUACUCGUAUAUUAAACAGUUUGUACUUUACGUUCUUUUACUUGACGUAUUUUACGAGCAAUUUCUUUCCCGCUCGCAAAGGAAGGAGAAGUGGAUGUGAUACGUUUUCUAAGUUCGGUCGACGCGACGCAAGCGAGUCAAUUAGUCGCGCUCGUCGUUUGGAGUGUCCGAUCGAUCGAAAGAUUCUCAUCUAGGAUGCGCCUCGUGCCUCUACAUGUCCGCCCCUGGCGGUGACGACUAUUCCGCUACGGGGUAGCUCGGCUGUGUAUACCGCGUCGUUGGUUGGGGGAGGGUGUCAUUCUGUGUCAACCACAGCGCCCUCUGACGAUGACACCGCGGAACGCGAAAGGGGAUGAAACUGGCUGCGUAUAACUCGAGCUGGCCUCGGCAACCGAGCUAGUUGCGGGGUUUACUUUGCCCGUACACUCCUCCGCUCUCCUUUAUACACCGCAAGUGUGUAUGUAUGUGCGUCUGUGUGUGAGUGCUGUGUGUGUUCAAACAUCGACGCGUAGUACACACAAACGGACGCAUGCACACACGCUCGUACGCGCGUGUGUGUGUGUGUGAGAAACGCGCGUAAAGCCUCCACCACCGAGUCGUCGGCUCAAAG